AAAAAGUUUGGGAUUAACUUUGAAAAAAAAAAAGAAGGUUAAAAAGAAACGUCAAGAAACAAAUUCGAAACAGAAAGACUGAAAUAGUAUUUUAUAAUGUAACUCCAAUCUUUGUUCGGUGUACAAUUUAGGAAAACCUUUCUUUAUACCCUCUAAUCAGGUGAAGAAACGUGUAGUUAUUUCAUAAUUAAAUAAAGUAUGCUUGAAAACAGGCACACUACUGAUUAUGCAAUAGCUACCUUUUACAAAAUUACUAUCAGCAGGCACUUGAAGCUCUUGCCAAAAGCAAAACAAGGUUUUUUUCGACACCUGCCGGCAGUGCAGCGGUACUACAGGUAAAAUUAGCUUCCUAUAGACAUUUUUUUUUUGUAUGCCUACACCCACUUACCUCAGCUACAACCUUCCGGAGUAAAAUAGAAGACAUUUGUGUUUAAAUAAAUAAAAACGUAAAUGUAGUUGUUGACAGUUGUUUUACACAAUACGGAGCAUGCGCACGGACGCUCUGUGACACUCGCUGUUUGUCGUGAUUAUCGUUUACUAGUUAAUCUACGUAGGAAUACAUUGCGUAAAUUACCGGAGCCGGUUAUGGCGUCGGUGAGUUGUGCCGGACCAUGAGGUGUCCGUAUUCAUCGUUAUUCCGGUAUUGGGGUGUGUAAAGAGACUGUGGCCAUGGCUGGUGUGUUUGAUAUCGACCUAGACCCGCCGGAGGACAACGUGUCGGACGAGGAGCUCGCCGACGGGGCCAAGAGUAAUGAAUGCAUGGACCAGUGCAGUGGCUUUGAAUUUAUGGAAGACUGUGAGAAGUUCGAGAUCUCUGAGAAGAGUGUAAAUCAAGGCACGGAGCAGAUCCGUCCGGAAUGUUUUGAGUUGCUCCGUGUUUUGGGUAAAGGAGGAUAUGGCAAGGUUUUUCAAGUUCGCAAGGUAACAGGGGCAGAUUCUGGGAAGAUAUUUGCCAUGAAGGUCUUGAAAAAGGCCAUGAUAGCUCGCAAUGCAAAAGAUACUGCUCAUACUAAAGCAGAAAGGAGCAUCCUAGAGGAAGUUAAGCAUCCCUUCAUUGUGGACCUCAUAUACGCCUUUCAGACUGGAGGCAAACUUUACCUCAUCUUGGAGUACCUAAGCGGUGGAGAGCUGUUCAUGCAGCUGGAGAGGGAGGGGAUCUUCUUGGAGGACACAGCCUGUUUUUACCUGGCAGAGAUUUCCAUGGCCUUGGGUCACCUUCAUCAGAAAGGCAUUAUCUACAGAGAUCUGAAGCCAGAGAACAUCAUGCUCAAUAACAAUGGUCAUGUGAAGUUGACAGACUUCGGACUCUGUAAGGAGUCGAUCCACGAUGGAACCGUCACACACACCUUCUGUGGAACCAUAGAGUACAUGGCACCAGAGAUCCUCAUGAGAAGCGGCCACAACCGAGCUGUGGACUGGUGGAGUCUGGGAGCCCUGAUGUAUGACAUGCUGACAGGAGCUCCACCGUUCACUGCAGAGAAUCGGAAAAAAACCAUAGACAAAAUCCUAAAGUGCAAACUGAACCUUCCACCUUACCUCACCCAAGAAGCACGGGACCUUCUGAAAAAGCUGCUGAGAAGAAACGCAUCAACGAGGAUGGGAGCAGGUCCUAGAGAUGCUUUAGAUGUCCAGGCCCACUCCUUCUUCAGACAUACAAGCUGGGAUGACCUGCUGGCUUUUAAAGUUGAACCUCCCUUUAAGCCUGUUUUGCGUUCAGCAGAUGAUGUUAGCCAGUUCGACUCCAAGUUCACUAGUCAGACUCCCGUGGACAGUCCCGAUGACUCGACACUCAGCGAAAGCGCCAACCAAGUCUUCCUGGGCUUUACAUACAUAGCUCCAUCUGUGCUGGAAAACAUCAAUGAGAAGUUCACUUUUGAACCAAAAUCCCGUUCACCUCGCAAGCUUCUGGGAAGCCCAAGAACACCAGUGAGCCCUGUGAAGGCUGAAGGGGUAGACGGUUGGUCUCGGGGUCCACCCUUCCCAGCAGUCCCCACAACCACCUCCUCUCUCCUGCCGCCCAUGGAGGUGUCUAAUGUGGAGCAGAUGGACAUUAGCAGCAACAUGGAAGUGUCAGCCCCUCUCCCAAUCAAAAAACCAUCCAACACCGGGUCAUUUGUGAAACCGACUCACCCAGCGGGCGGCAGGAGACCCAAGCAUUUAAGGAUGAAUCACUGAUGAACAUCUUAAGUUUUGUAUUUUAGGAAUUUAUCAAAUUACCCAAAAGGCCUUUCUGCACACAGUUUCUUGCCGCACCAGUAUGCUUCAUGCGAGAAUGCAGAGCUGUGACCUCUCUCUGCUUGCAUUAUGGUGAGGUGGUCUGCUGCUUGCUUUGAAAAAGGGAACACCUUGCACUUCAGGCCACUCUGAGCAUGAUUUUCAGUUUAUCUUUUAUAUGCCAUGUUCAUGCGAAACAUAAGGGAGAAUACAUAGUAUCUUCUGUUGUAUAUUUGAAGUGAUCUGAGACACCGAGUUUGAGCCACUUGUUAUUGUGUUUGGCGUGACUGUAUGUUCUAACGAAAAGUAACAGUAUUUAAAUGGAUAGUUCACCCAAAAAAUAUCAGUUCUGUCAUGUACUCACCUUUGUCAUUCCAAACCUGUAUAACUUGCCUUUUGUGGAACACAAAAGAAGAUUUUCUCAGCAUUUUGUUGUUUUAGACCCAUUGACUUUCAUUAUGUGGAUAAAAACAGUUGAAUCGUGCUUCAGAAUGUCUUUUGUUGUGUUUCACAGAAGAACAGAAAGUCAUACAGGUUCGGAAAGACAUGAGGUUAAAUUACGACAUGAUUUGAAUUGUUGGGUGAAUUGUCUUUUUCAAAUGGUGAGAAGAUCCAGGUCUACAUUCUUGAGGAAUCGGUCUGAUUUGCUUUGUUUUGAUCUUUAAUUCAUAUAGGACGCCUAGAAUCACAGGGAACUUGGAGCUCUAUAGUCGUGUUAGUCUAACCUACAAAUGAUAAACUAUGAUGUAAAAAUGUAAGCUGAUUUUUUUUUUUUUUUUUUACUGUGAGUUAAUGAGACCGUGUUAGGUGACCUCAAGGUAUUAUUCUCUUAUUUAGAUCUGCACUUGAUUAGUAUUACAUUUACAUUGAAGUAUGAAUCUGCCUGCAUUCUGUGCAUCAAAUCACUGUUUUUCUUUUCAACAGUAAAAAGCUAUUUAACAACCAAUCUUCUGACCAAAGAAUUUUAAAAACCAUUCUUACUAUAUAAUACUGGAUAAAUCCUUGUAAUCCAGAGUACAGUUACUUUGUAAACCACAUCCACAAACACAAAUUCUAGUAAUACUACUGACUUUAAACAGAAUGCUUAUUUAAUUUAAUUUUUAACCCUAGUACUGAAGACACCAGGACGAGUUUUGAAAUAGUUUUCUUAACACUUAACACGUCCCUAUCAGUAAUUGAUUUUUUUUUUUUUUUUUUUAGUUUUGACCUAUUUAUUUUUCAGGUGCCAUAUAGUUUUGUAAACUAUGCAAAUAAUUUAUUCUUUAUAGUCAAAAUUGCUAUUCAAGAUUUAGUCAGAUUAGUAACAUGAACACAUGCCAGCCCUGUUUAAAUUUUAUUUCGUACUUCUUUCUACAAUGGUGUUGGAGUCAAAACAAUCUUCUUAUUCCUGGGGACAUUGACAAUGUUAUCAGGAUGUGCACUGUAUACUAGAAAUGUAUUGUUUUAUUGAAUUUUGAUUAAAUAAGCUUGGAUAUAUGUGGUUAAGGGGAAAGAAAAUCUAUAUUCUAGAUCAAUCCAGUAUGAUGGAAGCAAAAUAAAGUAGUAAAUCUUUCAAAAACAAACAAAAAAUUAUUUCAUUGCUGUACAUAGACAUGAUUCUUCAUGAUUGUUGGUGCUCUUUCCUUAUACUAUAGUUCUUACAGAUACAGUCUGUAUUGUAUGAUGAAGUGACUCCUUGAACUGAUGGACACUGAAUCUGUAUCUUGUUAAGAUGGUGCUGUACGUAAGCCAUCGUGGGUGGUUCUUUGUAUCGUGUUUCACAGGCAUUUGUGCUCAUAGAAGUGUUAUUGUUAUCAAUGAACGUCUGCGUGUGAGACUGCGUUAGCGUCUGUGUGACCACAUUUAAACAAUUUCUGAAUAACACUUUUUUUUCCCCAUGGGAAUGUAAAAUAGGCUUGUUUUCUGCUUGAGAAUAUUGUAACUCACUGAUUGAAUGUGAUGUCAACCUCACAUCCUCAAACUCUAAUUUCUGUCGUGUAGAUUGUAAUUGUGGUUGGACAUUACAAGGCCAUUGCUCCGAUUGAACUGUCUGGACUUUGCAGCAGUUUCCAUCAAGCCAAUAAUUGGCUGUACUCACUAUGCAGAGGAAGCAUGAUUGUGAAUAUCUUAAGCUGUCAGAUACAGUGCCUACUGAUAAACAACAGCAUGCUGUACUGUGGCAGUUAGCAGCCAGUAAUGGCUUCAUAUGUGAAAGUCUUUGAUUUUGAAAUCUGUGAGACCAGCAGUUUAAUUAAAUUGCCUCUUAACUGGUACUUUGACAAUGGAAGCAUCCCAUUUUGCCUUUGAGUACACAAAUAUCUACAGUUUAUUCUAUGCAAUGCUGGCUGAGAGAGAGGGUGCUGUAAUGUGGCGUAAAUGGCUUUAUGUAUCACUUGUGUCUUUUGUGGCCAUGAGCACAGUCCAUAUAAUCACUAGACUCAUGGCUUGGGUUUAAAACCUCUGAAUCCGUCUCCCACUUAUUCUUGCAGUCAUGUUGGAAUAUUAAGACUUCACUUGGUGCUGUGUGUUAAUGGUCUGUUUUUUUUAAUCUUCAUUAUUAUAUGUUCUUUCUAAAAAUGUACUGUGGUAUGUGAUUGAGCUUUAUCAAGAGUUGAACUGAACCUGAUCUUGAAAAACUGUGGUACUCCUUCAAGUUAAAGUUGGAACCAAUUCUGAAACUUUUUUGAUUAUUAAGUGAAAAGAAAAUGCCUGUGAAAAGAAUUGAGAUGCAGACGAGGAUACAUUUUGCAUUUUAAAUGCAAAUGCUUGAAGUGCUGUGUUUAUUAGACAGUGGCACGUUUGGUUUAAACAAUGAAUGGAUGUAAAGUGUGGAAUGGCGAGAUUGAUUCAUAUCUGGUGUUUGUGAUUGCUUGUCUUUAUUUUAAAAUUCAUUUUAAUUUAACCUUAGUGAAUUCUACAAAAUCAAUAAAGUUGAAUUCAAGCAUU